GCCAGUCUGAGGAGGAGCGGACGGUUCGGGCGGCGGGGGAAGAAUGUGAGACCGGGGUGUCAAGGGGAGGAAACACAGGAAAACCAAUUCGAAACACGACAGGGUCACUGGAUUCAAAAACCUGAUUAAGAUCCGCCUUUGAAUUUGGAAGGAGAAAGGCUGUCUGUGGGAAAAGAUUUCACACAUCGGUGUGACUAGGAAAGUAUCGAGACGCUCUCAAUCCCUUGAGUGAGAGUCGUCCACUCUCACUUUCCACUGACUGUGUAAAGAGCUUUAAUUAAUCAUACAGCCCAAAGACUAUCACAUCAUUCACUGUGUUUAGAAACAUGUUGCAUACCUGAACAAGUUUUGAACUUACCAUUAAACCUGGAAAGAUACAAGGACGCCAACAACAUGGAGAGACCUUGGAAAUGUGAAAACUGCGGGAAGAGAUUCAGAUUCCCAUCCAGGUUGGAAUAUCAUCGACGCAGUCACAUUGGGGUAGGCACUGGACAGAAACCAUGGAAGUGUGAGGACUGUGGCAAAGGAUUUGAUUAUCCAUGCCUGCUGGAAACCCAUCGGCGCAGUCACACUGGGGACAGGCCAUUCAUCUGCUCCAUGUGUGGAAAGGGGUUUGCCAAGUCAGCCAGCCUCAUGUUACAUCAGCGAAUUCACACUGAGGAGAGACCAUUCAAGUGCAGUUAUUGUGGAAAAAGGUUCAGACAGUCAUCCACCCUCACUGCACACCAGCGAAUUCACACUGGGGAGAAGCCGUUUACCUGCUCAGUAUGUGGGAAGAGAUUUGCUCAGUCAUCCAGCCUCCAGUCACAUCAGCAAAUUCACACUGGGAAGAGGCUAUUCAAUGGCACUUCCCACAGAAAGAGGUUGAAGCCUUCAGCUGACCUGAUGUCACAUCAGCAUGAAAAUCCUGCACAGAGGCCAUUCACUUGCUCAAUGUGUGGGAAGGGAUUUACUCAGUCAGCCAGCCUCAUGUUACACCAGAGAAUUCACACCGAGGAGAUGCCAUUCAGUUGCAGUCACUGUGGGAAGAGGUUCAGGUCUUCAUCCAACCUCAAUGCACACCAGAGAGUUCACACUGGGGAGAAGCCAUUCAUCUGCUCUGAGUGUGGGAUGGGAUUCACACAGUCAGCAAACCUGGCUGUACACCAGCGAAUUCACACUGAGGAGAAGCCAUUCAAUUGCACCCACUGUGGAAGGAAUUUCAGGCAAUCAUCUACCCUCACCGCACACUUACGCACUCACACUGGAGAGAGACCAUUCACCUGUUCAGAAUGUGGGAAGGGAUUCACCCAGUCAGCCAGUCUCAUGUUACAUCAGCGAAUUCAUAAUGGAGAGAUGCUGUUUAGCUGCUCUUACUGUGGAAAGGGUUUCAGGCAGUCUUCUGACCUCACUGCACACCAGAGAGUUCACACUGGAGAGAAGCCAUUCAUCUGCCCUGAUUGUGGGAAAGGAUUCACUCAUUCAUCUGGCCUUUGGUCACAUAAGCGAGUUCACACUGGGGAGAAGCAAUUCAGCUGCAUUGCCUGUGGAAAGAGGUUCAGGUCUGCUUCUGACCUCAACGUACACAAGCGAGUUCACACUGGGGAAAGGCCAUUCAUCUGCUCCACUUGUGGGAAGGGAUUCACACGGUCAUCCAAUCUGUUGACACAUCAGCGAAUUCAUAAGCGUCAGAAGAGUUUGACCUCUGUUGUUAAUCACAUUCAGGUUUGAUCAUAUGACAAUAUUUGAUGGGUUUCUGUUGACUGUGACAACUUGGUAACUGGCUUUAGUUGAAUAUUUUAGAU